UUUAAAUUCUGUCUUCAUGGAUCUUCCGAAAGAAAACUUAACGUACAGAGCAUGGCUACCAUUCGAUUAUACGCUACCUUCUGUAUUUUAUCUCGUGUUCACUCACCAAUUGAUAGGCAUGAUGAUCACUGCGGCCGUGAAUGUUGCCUGCGACAGUUUGGUAUCCGGAUUCCUUCAGCAGAUUUGCUGUCAAUUAGAAAUUCUGAAGUAUCGUUUGACAAAAGUCUUACACGAUCAUCAUAUCUUGCGUGAUUGUAUACAUCAUCACAAUCGUAUAUAUGAAUAUGCAUAUACAGUAAAUCGCAGAUUUAAGAUGAUAAUUGCUCUCCAAUUUGCAGUGAGCAUGCUAGUGGUAUGUGCUAAUUUAUACAAACUGGCUUCCAUUACUGAAUUGAAGAUCAAUGGAGGUCUUAUUACAUUGAUAUUGUAUACGGCCUGUAUGUUGUCGCAAAUAUUUAUCUAUUGUUGGUUUGGAAACGAACUCAAGUUAAAAAGCCUUACGGUAGCUGAUGGCAUAUAUAAUAUGGAGUGGCAAAUGCUUAACAAUAGUAGCCAAAAAGCUCUCUUAUUAAUUAUGAGACGUUCAGUAAUUCCAAUUGAAUUUAAUAGUAUAGUCAUCAUCACAUUGAAUCUUGAUUCGUUUGUGUCUUUACUUAAAGCAUCAUACUCGGCUUACAAUGUGCUUAAACCAAGAACUUCUCAAAUGCAUGUGUUGAAAUUUACACUUAUAAUCUGCGCGCUCGCCGGAUGCUGGCAGCCGCUUUCAUGGACAUCAUUGUUUAAGCAUAUAAUUUACAAAGCUUACGCAACAUUUCUGAUCUCCUCAUUAUAUGCAUUUCUGAUGUCCCAAUUCGUGGACAUUGUGCUAAAUGUUGGUAAUUCUGAUGAAUUUGUCAAUGCCUUAUAUAUGAUGUUGACUGUGCUUGUAGCGGGCUAUAAACAAGCUCAUAUGUGGAUAGAUCGCAAGAAUAUCAUAGUGAUAAUAAAUAUUCUUACUAAAAAACCAUUUGCGCCAUAUGAAACACACGAAGUGAUAAUUCAAGAAAAAUUUGAAAAAUUGACAACGAACAAUACACGGCGGUAUUUAAUCAUUGUUACAAUGUCAAUCUUAUCGAUAAUUUCGACAUCUGUCUCUACAGAUUUAAUGAAAAGAAAUCUGACGUAUAAGGCUUGGUUGCCUUUUGACUAUUCAUCCUCAGCUACAUACUUUUUUGUAUAUAUUCAUCAAACGAUAGCCACGUCGACCUCGGGUAUAGUUAAUGUCGCUUGUGAAAGUUUAAUUUGUGGAUUUUUGCUACAUAUUUGUGGCCAGUUUGAAAUUUUGGAGUAUCGAUUGUCAAAACUCUCACACGAUCAAAACAUUUUAGGCGACUGUGUUCGUCAUCACAAUCUUCUUUUCGAAUAUGCAUAUACAAUAAACAAUAUAUUUGCGAAAAUAAUUGCUAUUCAGUUUGCGGUGAGCAUGUUGGUAGUAUGCUCAAAUAUGUAUCGAAUAGCUAUGGCGACAGAUUAUUUCAGCCUCAUUCCAUUGAUAAUGUAUACGAGUGCUAUAUUAAUGCAAAUUUUUAUUUAUUGCUGGUUUGGAAACGAAAUCAAGUUAAAAAGUCUUCAAUUGGUGAAUAACAUUUAUAAUAUGGAGUGGGUCGCACUUAGCAAUAGCAACAAAAAAGCUCUGUUAUUAAUUAUGAAGCGCGCAAUGAUUCCCAUUCAAUUUAGUAGUGCUCAUAUAGUUACGAUGAAUGUCGAUUCAUUUGUAGCUUUGCUUAAGAUGUCGUACUCGAUUUUCAAUUUGCUGCAUCAAACGCAAGAAAAGUAA